AUGUCCUCUCUAGGAGUUAGAAGAGCUUCGCUGGGAGGCGCAACCCAGCCAGCAGCCAAGCAGCCCUUCUCAUUUGGAAGUGCUUCCGGCUCAACCUUUGGCUCUGGCCCACCAGCAGGCCCCUCCCACAGCAACGCGACUGCGGGCAGCUUGUUUGGCAACACUGCUACUCAGCAACAGCCGCAAUCGCUUGGGCAACAAGGACAGCAGACGCAACAGCCAAGCGGUGGAGGGUUGUUCGGAGGACAAAAUGCUCAGAGCGGGGGGCUGUUUGGAGGUCAGAAUGCUCAGAAUGUACAGCAAAGCGGCACAGGAGGGGGCACAGGCGCGAGUGUCGGUGUAGGCGCCUCGUCAUUCAGCUUCGGGGCCCAGAACAAUCAAGCAGCGGGACAACAGAACAAGCCUGCGGCAUCGCUCUUUGGCGCUCAGCCAGCAGCUGGGUCCUCCACUCAACCCUUUGGCUCGAGGCGAGUACAGCGUCUGCUGGGGCUUCGAUGUCGAGCUCAAAGCUGACCAUUCGAUCGCUCCGUUCCAUGCCGUUCUGUCCAGUCUCUUUGGCCAGUCUCAGGCCCAGCAGCCGAAACCUGCCUUCUCCUUCUCUCAGCCACAGCAGCCCCAAACAGCAUCUCAGGGCGGCGCUUUUGGCUCAUCUUUCCAGCAAACAUCAGCACCUGCUUCAAACAACAAUCAAGCUGCCUCUUCGCCUUUUCUGAGUCAUCCAUACUACGCGCGAGAGAAGUUUGACCAUUUGCCCGAGGACCAAAGGAAGCUGAUCGAAGAGCUUGAGUGAGUACACUUGUCCCUCAGUCUUGGCCACCCACGACCGGGGCUUGCAUCCACCGAGGCUUCCGCAGCGCAAGAAGAUGUUUGCGUAAGCAGGAUACUGGUCCUGUGAUGUCUUGCUUCGAUCGCACGGCGGCGUUGCCUGGACCAGUGGAACAGGACGGUUGCGUGACUCUUGGCCGACGACGAAGAAAUGCUGACUGAUCACACCAACCUGCUGGCGAACGAAACAUCGACAGCAACUUUAUGCAGACGCAAAGGAGGAACGGCGCUCCCCUGGCCACGAUGGAUUUUGCUCCGAUCGCCAAAGUAUCGGAAGAAGCUCAAGAGCUGACCAGUGUGAGGCGAUCAAAAAUUUGAAGGCCCUGCUGAAGACACGGUCACGUGUGCUGACUUUUCCAACUUUUGGCUUCUUAUUUGGCUCUCUGGUAACUUUGACGUCCUCAGGACUUGUCGUCGUUGGGAGCUGCCCUCGAGAUUGAUCUGCUCGCUGCACGCGACGCCAACAAGCGCGUCGAGGAAGAUGAUAGAGACAGUGGGAACUUGCUCGAGCUGCUGAGAGGGGAAGCUCGAACAGACUGGCUGCGAGGGUACGUUUGGAUUCUACUGCACAUUUGACAAGGUGCACGCCCCUUGACUAAUCCUUCCGGCCUAUAUGCAUUGCAGAUUCUUUGAGCGCUCAGCCAACGAGUUCCGGGAAAGGAUCUUGAGGUAUAGAGCAACAAUGGAGCAAAUAGAACGACACUUGAGUAGCGUGGAUAACAGGGAGUCGCAUUCACCAGAAGGUGAGCUCGGCGCACGCCUCGAUGUCGGCUCGAUGUUCCUGUGCGCUGAUCGCGCCAGCCGACGCUCGCCGUUCCCAGCUAUCUCGGAAGCUAUCAGGGUGCAGCAUGCGUCAUUUAUGGCGCUGGCAUCUUCGGUAGCCGCGCUUCAUUCGGAAGUGGAGGGCUUCAAGAGACGGUACAGCGACUGGUAUUUCCAGACGCACAGGACGGCUCGGGACCCCUUUACUGCGCUUCCCGACGAUUUUGCGAGAUCUUUUGGAUGA